UCGUCCAAGCCGAAGCGGGUGAGAACAGGAUGUCUGACAUGUCGAGAGAGGCAUUUGAAGUGCGACGAGGCCAUGCCGCAUUGCAAUAAUUGCAAGAAGAGCAAUCGCACUUGCAAGAGAGGCGUGCGUCUGAACUUCAUUGAUACAUGGGAGUCAAAACCACCGACAUACGUGACGGCAUGGGGCACGCACGAUUGGAAUGUGGAGUUCCAAGACGAGUCGAGGGAGAUUGCCAGCGAGUAUCAGGGUGGUGAGGAGAGGUAUCGACAUCUGGAUCGAGACAAGAGGCGGACCGUCUACCCUCCUCCGAUCGACUCGGCGACCUCGUUUGAGUUUCCUCACCAUCAACAACAACCGCAAGCUCCGCCGAUGGGUCAAAUUCUACCGCCUGUGCAAGCUCUCAUUCCGGAUCAGUAUGCCGAGCAGAAUGUCCACCAGCAGAGCAUGUUCGAGCCGCAGCCAGUAAUGAAGCAGGAGAUGAAUUCUUACCAGCCGCAACAACCGCCGCAUUCAGCACCGCCGCAGCAAGUGCAGUAUGCGGAGUCGAAUGUCAGCAGCCUUCAUGCCCGGGGAGGCUCGGUCGCAUCUUUCAGUAAUAUGGAUACGGAUCUACCAGACCCGGAGUCAGCCAAGAAAGAAGUCCUGGACAGCCAAGAGGAGACGUUCUUCAUGCAGGUUUUCGUGGAGGAAGUCGGUCUUUGGAUGGACAGCAUGGAUCCUCAGAAACAUUUCUCCCGGCUACUGCCAUUCCACUCGCUCUCCGAACCGAUGCUGCUGAAUGCUUUCCUUGCAUGCGGCGCACGGCAUCUUACUCUGAUCAACUCAGCCUACACCGAGGAGAAGGCUUUGCACUACUACGACACUGCGACGAGAUAUCUGUUGAAGAAUUUACAGAAUCCCAACCGAGAUACAGUCAUCUGUGCGACUACGGCCGUCAUCCUCAACGUCUACGAGAUCAUGAGCGAACGAGCACUCCAACGCAUGAACCACAUCGCCGGUGCACGAGCACUCAUCAAAGAAUGUGGCUGGGACGCUCGAGCACAAGGCAUCGGCUCCGCAUGUUUCUGGCUGAACGUUGGUCUGGAAGUGCUCUCAUGUCUACACUUCAACUGGCAAGUAGCAUGGAACCCGGACGACUGGGGUGUGGACAUGGACUUCUCCCGAGAGAUCCACAACGGUCGAGAGGAAGUCUGGACACAUCGCAUGUUGUUCAUCAUUGCGAAGGUGUGCAACUUUCGUGCGACGGCUCCACGGACGCCUGCUGGUAACACCCAGGAUGAGCAGAUUCGCAUGCAGCAGAGGCAUGAGGAGUGGUCGAGGUUGAAGGGCAUGUGUGAUGCGUGGAACGAGGGUGUGCCAAGGACGAUGCAUCCUAUGGCGUAUCUGCAUCCGUUUCAGACGAAUUCGAAGAGUGCUUUUCCGGAGGUUUGGCUGAUCAAGCGGGCGACUAUUGUUGCGAGGCUCUUCUACCACACUGCCAUGCUCCUCAUGGCUCAAACGCACCCAUACUACGACGUCACCCACCCCGAAAUGGCCACCAUGCAAACCACACACAGCCGGACGAUAUGUGGCAUCGUCGCACACGUCAAGGAUCGAGGAGUCGCAUCCGUCGCCAUCCGAAGUCUUCACCACGCCGCCGAAUGUCUCACCGACCGCAAAGAACAGGAAGAAGUCCUUCAAGUCUUCGAGAAAAUCAAUAAAGAGACCGGUUGGCGGAUUGGGUUUGUCUUCAAAGGCCUGAAGGAGAAGUGGGGUUGGGUGGAGGAGCCGAGUCCAUCUCAACUGCCACAAACUCAGAUGGCCCAGCCGCAACAACAACUCCAGCCCCGUCUGAGCUCCAUGGCGCCUCCGAUCUCCGCACCUCAACCCACCGCCACACCGCCAAAGAAGGGAGGUUUUCCCGUGGGCAUUCCGAAUCCACUGUAUGCGAAAGCGGACUUUAAUCUUCCGCAGCAUCCGUAUCAGAAUUUCUAUGUGGCGCCGAGUCAUAGUGGGCAG